AUGGCCGAAGCCCUCGCCGAGCAGAUGAUAAGCGGUCAGAGAGCGCUCCGAAUUCUGCCGUUCUACUUGGAUGAGUCCCCAUUCCCUUCCCUGCAUCACUACUGCGAUACCUUGCGACUUACCGGUGGAACACUGCUGAUCUCCUCACGCGGCUUCUUUGACACCUUGUUGCUCGGUGUCGUUGCCGUUCAAAGUGUCGGCUAUAUCCGUUUCGUGAGGACCGACAGGAGGUACAUUAUCGCCAUAGUGAUUCUCAAUGUGCUCGCAACGCUCGCCGCCAGCAUCGUGGUCACGCUCUGGCUGACCAAAAUCUUCGUUUGGGACUACGGCUCGUUUCUCUCUUUCGCGGACGGCUCAUAUAUCUGCAGUUACCUCAGUAUCGAUGCGAUCUGUAUUUUCGUCGUCCAGGUGUUCUAUGUCGAUCGCGCGUACCGCCUUCACCGGCACUGGUGGCCUCUCGCGGUGCUUGGCCCAAUCAUCUUGGCGUCAUUAGCGGCCGGAGUAGCUAUGCUCAAAAUCGAGGCGUCCAACCUCACGUAUAUUGAUCCUGAGUUCCUGAAACUCCCGCACGUCAGAGCCGUCACUUUUACCUAUAACGGGCUCGUCUUGCUUGUUGAUGCCGCCAUUACUGUCGUAAUGGUGUACGGCUUACACAGGAAUAAGACGGGAUGGCGACACACCGAUUCUGUCCUCAAGGGUCUCAUCAUCAAGUGCUUUGAAGCCCAAAUCCCGGCCCUGAUCCUUGCCAUCUGCACUAUAACCCUUUGGGAGGCCAAGCUCGAAAUUGCCAUUUGCUUCGUCAUGGUGCAUACCAAGAUAUACGUGACCGGUCUGCUGGCUACGCUCAACUUCCGCGUGUCUCCAGCUGGCUCGAACGAUUCGGGGCAGUCGUACCAGUCGCAAGAUAUUAGCGGGAAUAACUUGUCAUUGACCGAGAUACCGAACAAGAAGCUUGGUGUGGUGGUUCGGCGACAGACCGAGAGCGCUACCCAUCAAAUUCCGCCUUACGAUUCCAAGCGAUCCAAAGUGAUGGACGUCGAGCAGGCGAGCUCGCACUCGGAUCAAUUCACCACUGGCAGUCAGGGCGAAUUUCACCACCCUUUCGCCCAGCACGAUCCGGCGGGCUGGGAGUCUACUGCGGCGCUGCACUACCUGCCGAGUACGGAACUGAAGCGCAAGCUCUGA